AUGACGCACCGCGAACUGCAGUCCAAGCCUCGCCGCCUCUCCAUCUGCCACCGCCACCCAGCGGAGCCGGUUACCGGCUUCUGCGCCUCCUGCUUGCGCGAACGCCUCGCCGGCCUUGAUUCUCCUGCCCAUCCGGAAGUCUCUUCCUCAAUCACUGCCCCCGAAGCCGUCAUUAUCGGUUUCGGCGGCGGAGAUGAUGGAGCCGGUGCGCGGAGUGGAGCCAACGACGCACCUCGUCAGGAGCUCCGUCGAUGCAAGUCGUAUGCGGCCGGAAAAUGCAGAGCUUAUGCCGGCGCAUCGGAGCCGCGGCGAAAGUCUUGCGAUGCCAGGGCUCGGAGUACCCUGGGACAUCUUUUCGACGUUGACGACGAAGAGAAGGGGUUGGGUAGAGGAAUCGAGGUCGAAUCGAAGAACUUAGGGUUUUCCGGAGUUACACGUUCGGUGGCCGAGAUUCGUGAUAAGAUUAGGGUUUCUGAAGAUGUGUCGGGAGCAAAUGGUAAUGUUAGCCAGCCGAGAGACGAAGAGUUUGAGGAAGACGUGAAGACGAUGAAAGAGCACAUAGAGCUCGAAUGGCAGAGUAGGAGGCACAAGGUAAGGGAUUUUAAGCACAUUGCGGAAAGUUUCUGGGGCGCUGCGUCUGUUUUCAGCCAGAAAUUGCGAAAAUUGAAGCUAAAGCAGAGGAUGCGAAAGCCUAGUGACUGCGGCGAAAGCCGCAGCGGCGGUGGCGAUUUGACGCCAGGCAACAAGCAAAAUGGACGACAGUUUAGGGAGACGCAGUCGGAGGUAGGAGACUAUGGGUAUGGCCGGAGGUCUUGCGAUACAGAUCCAAGGUUUUCAGUUGACGCUGCUCGCAUGUCUUUAGACGAUCCACGAUUCUCUUUCGACGAGCCUAGGGCUUCCUGGGAUGGAUACAUGAUCGCGAGGACAAUCCCGCGGCUUGCGCCGAUGCUUUCUGUGAUUGAAAAUGCGAUGAUGCCAUUGCCGCUUAUGAACAGGGCUGGAUAUGGGGUUGGGGUAUCCAUCGAAGAGCAGAUGAAUCCAAUAAACGAAGACGAGACGACUUCUGGUGGAUCAGCUCAAACCAGGGAUUACUGUUCUGACUCCUCAUCUUCUCAAAGGCAAAAUAGUUUUGAUUGUUCAAGUUCUGGUAAGAGUUCCAAUAAGAAGACGGUGACACUAGAAGUUGAUAAGAUGAAGUCUCUGUCCGAUUACAAGGUCUCAAAUAUGGAGUCUGCUGUUGCCAAUACAGAUACUAGAGACAUAGAUUUUGGUUCUGUCAAAUAUGAUCAUUCCGGGAGAUUUGAAUCUGCCGGCAAGGAUGCCAUUUCUGUUGCAGGCGGUGGUAUCCAGGAUGGGGGCAAGAAAUUGGGGAAGUGGCGAAAGGCUUGGAACAUUUUGGGUUUCAUGCAUAGGUUCCAUGACAUAAAAUACGAAGUACCAGAAGGGAAUGCAAUUGGUUACCCACUUGGAGAUUGCUUAGAAAAACAGAAUGGGGAUGCUGAUGUAGCAGCCGAUGGGUCUUCUAGUGGGAAAUUUGUUCGGAUUGGUAGUUGCUCAAGCAGUUCUUACAAAAUGAAUGGGUCAUUCCAUCGAUCAUCAAGUGUAGCUGAGUCCAGAAGCUAUGCUGUUAAGAGUAGAGAAGAGCCUGCGUUGGAGCAAAACCGGAGUGCUAGGUACUCGCCUAGCCACUUUGAUAAUGGACUCUUGCGGUUUCAUUUGACACCAUCAUGGACUUCUCGGAGGAAAUCUGGAAGAAGCAGGCGGAAGAAUUCACAUUCUUCUGCCAAGAGUGUGCUACGCAUGAGCUAA